ACUAGUGGAGGAGCAGGCAUCUCUCUGGAUAAUUGGCACACAGAAGAUGUGGGAAAAUGCCACACAUUCUCCAGGGGAGUCGUCCCUUUUGAAGGAAAUCCCCAGCUCCCACCAUAACACAUCAGCACCACUGCAGUGUGUUGCCAAAGCAGAGUUCCAGCACCUGCUCCUUCCAGUCAUUUAUAGCCUGGUUUGCACAAUGAGCUUGGCCUCAAACAGUGUCGCCUUGUGGAGCUGCUGGGCCACCCGGGCCCAGGCCCCACCUGUCAUGAUCUUCAUCUAUAACCUCAUUGUCAUCGACCUGCUAUUUGUCCUGUCCUUGCCCCUGCAGGCUGUGUAUCAUGCUAGGCGCAAUGACUGGCCCUUUGGUGAGGGCCUGUGUAAGGCCACCAAUGCUCUUUUCCUGGCCAAUAUGUUCAGCAGCACUCUCUUCCUGGCCGGCAUCUGCCUUGAGCGUUACCUGGCUGUUGUCCACCCUAUCCGCUACCUGCGCCUCCGGUGGCCCUUCUACCGUGUGUUCUUCUCCAUGGCAAUCUGGUGCUUGGUAGCGAUUGGGCUGCUAACAUUCUUCUCCAAGAGCACCGUGACCCAUCGCUUCCCAAAUGGGAAUACAGCUUGCAUGGAGAAUUUUCCAACUCAUGUAUGGAGUAGUGGACUGGCUGCCAUGGUCUUUGCCUCUUCAGCCUUGGGUUUCUUUGUGCCUUUUAUCACCAUUGUCAUCUGUUCUGUUGUGAUUGCCCGGCGCAUUAUGAAUCUUACUCAUGGGUCAGUCCAGGCUUCCCCAUUACGCAGGCACUCUCUUCACACUCUUCUGAUGGUGACUGGCCUGCUUACCUUCUGCUUCCUACCAUUCCAUAUCAUCCACAUCCUGCACACACUUGGCCGGAUUGAGAUCCUAUCUGCUCCAGGACUGCUGCCUUUCACGUGUUCAGCUCAACGGGCAGCCAUGGCCCUUGCUAGUAUCAACAGUGCUCUUAACCCUCUGGUGUACUACUUCAACAUUAAAGCUGCCAACUGGAAACUGCCCUGCUGUGGAACAAACAACCAUAAUCUAAUGGAUUCAGGUGAACCUGCUAGCCCAACUGUGAAGGGCCUCAGGAACAUGACGUAGACACCAUGGUAUUGCCUAAGGCCUUCUCCAUAGCAUCAUCUGACUUGUAUUGGAGUGUCGUCAUCGUCUUUGCCCUCCUCCUUCUCCACCAUCACAAAACUAUAUUGUCCAUUACUUUUUUGAACAUGAUUUACCUCUAGACUAGCUUCCUGACAUGGAGAAAGCAAAAUAAUGUAAUCAUCUUAGUACUUGUGCAAUUUUGAAACACCUAAACUUAUGGGGCUUAAAGGAUUGGAUCACUAGAAGAAUAUGCAAGUACAAGGUGAGUUAGUGGAGUAGGAAUAUGCAUGCUCCACCAUAUGUUUCAACUGAACUUACUAAAUAGAAGAUUAUGUACUGCUAGUCUGUGUGUGAUAUACAGUGUUUAUACUGUGUGUGUAGGUUCAACACAGCAACCUUCAUUUCUGGAAUAUCCUUGUGAGUGUGGUUAUGACAGCUGCCACAAUGAGCUUUUGCACUUCAUAAAUCAGCAGCAUACCAUUGGCAAAGUAUAUAAUGUGGAUCUGAUGGAUAAUUUCUAGAGAUAGGGAAAUGACUAAGGCAAUGGUGUCACUAGGGGGGUUGUGGGAGUUGAAGGGGUGCAAACUGCACUGGUUGACACCCUAGAAGAGGGAUGACACCAAGCUGAGCCCUCCUUCUGCUGCGCACCUCCUGGCUUCAUUGUGGCAGCAAAGGAGAGGUCCAAGCAUACCUUUUUUGACUUUACCACAGCAGCAAAGGUGAGAGCCAAGUGGAAUGCACCUUUCCCAGAUUUGCCAUGGUGGUGGAGGCCUCCUUACAAGGCGACCUCUGCUGCUGCAGUGAAGGAAAGGGCUGAGCAGACAUUUUGGCUGCUGUUGCCCCCGCUGACAGCCCCUCUGCACUGGGUGACACCAGGGUCCAGUGGUUGGGACAUCAUUGGAUUAAGGGUGUAUCCACACUGCAAAAUUAAAGUAGUCUGACACAUUUUAACU